CAUUUUGGAGGAAAUUUUAAUGUUCUUUUAAAUAGCGCCUCCUGGCGGUCAUGAAUAUUAACAAACUAUCUUUUUUUUAAUCAAUAAUAAGCCACAGUGUGGUGAGAAUAAUGCCCGGGAAAGGCGCGCAGUUAUAAAUAUUGUGUUAUUUGGACACAAUGAGACGUUGUCAUGAGGCUAGCUACAGCAGCUUUAGCAUAGAAGCUAGUUUACUGCAUCAUGUCGUGGCUGCGUAGGCAACUCUGAGUCCAUGUUAUCCGCCAGAGCACUUAAGGUGGUGGGCUUCACGUUGAUAACUGCGGCCAAAGCGAUGAGCUCCGAAGCGGCGACGGGUCCAUGCGAGCUCCAGGUCUCGGGGAACCAGCGAAAGCUGCAGAGGUUGCUCGCGGUUCCGGGCUGCGUUCUGAACCGAGAGAACGACCUGCUGCUGCUGCGGCCCGACACCGACGGAGAAAGCUGCUCGGAGGCGAAGAAGAGCGAUAACAAGCAUGUUGUGUUCUUCCAUGGAGACAUCCAGAACUUCCAGGAGGAGAUGCUCCUACAGCCAGACGCAGCCCAGUGGGCUUCCUGGAGUCUGGAGCAGGUGGCCCUCGUUCUGGGCCGACGUUUCCCCCACAGGUUCAUCUGGGUUGUGAGGGCCUCCCGCAUCUAUCUACACAAGUUCAGCUGCUACCAGAACUUUGUGGAGAGCAGCAUGUUCGGUGCGCCGGAGCACGGGCCCUACUCGGCUGACUGCGGAGCUUUUUGCCAACUCAGGGCCCUGCUCAGUCACGGUAUGGACCGCGCCAAACUACCCAACCCUCUUCAGCCAGCAGGAGGAGCCGACCCUGGGUUCUCCCUAAUCCUGGUGGGCUUCAGCAAAGGUUGUGUGGUUCUGAACCAGCUGGUGUACGAGCUCCGCGGGGCUCGCUCCGACCCGCAGAUGUCCACCUUCGUCAAACGAAUCUCAGACAUGUUCUGGCUGGACGGGGGACACCCGGGGGGCAGCGAGACCUGGGUGACAGACAAGGAGGCCCUGAAGGAGCUUGGUGCCAGCGGUGUGUCGGUUCACGCCCACGUGACUCCGUACGAGGUGUGUGACCCGAUGCGGGCCUGGGUGGGCCAGGAGCACCAGCACUUCAUCAAGAUUCUGGAGGAGUUUGGGUCGUGUCCCAGUAACAAGCUGCACUUUGAAGACGAGCCCGCCUCCAUCGAGAACCACUUCAGGGUCAUCCUGGAGUUCUGAGUUUGGGUCAGAACGACCUCCUGAGUGCUUUAGGUUAUUUAUUACCGGUUCCGAGUCCUACUGGACCACGGUGGUCUGUCGUCAGGGUUCCUGCUUCUAAAGAAGAGCUUAAAUCAGCACAAGUGAGAUAAAUCAUUCCUGAAAUCAUCUUUAACAUGAACUGUUCGUGUAAAUGAAACUGGAUUCUGUUGGUUCAAAAGCCCCUGAACCUUCUUUUAGUUGAUUGUAAUUCAUCAACUUUUCCUUUAAUCAUGAGUGGAACCAGGCUUACCUUUCUACAGAUGUGCGCACGCUGUGGGUCAGACGGCUUUCAGCUGCAGCAGAGCUAAUAUUAUUAUUAAGGGUGAGGCGAGAGCUCUGAUGGUUCUGCAGGCAUCUGGCUGCUACGCUCUCUGCUGAAUGUAACUUCUGAUUCAUUCCUUCACGUUUACGCCUUCAGGCUCAUCUGCAUGUGAAAACCCUAGCCAUCCUGUGGACGUCCGACCGGAGACAAACACAAGAAGAAGUCUUUUCUACAACCUUUAAUGAGCUUUUCCAGCUGCCUACAUAUUAGCCCGCCGUAGAGCACAACAACAAUUAUCUCAAGCAUUUCAGAUGCAUUUAGAACGCUCAUCAUGAAUAAAAACACAUAAAGCAAAAGCAAGGUGUUUCGUGUCUGCUUCGACUCAAACAGGAAUGUUGGGUGACAUCAGCGCGCACGCACACACACAAACCCUGGUCCUCAGAUUUCAUAGUUUAACUCUACAGGAGCCCGCUGAAAGACACCGUGUGAAGAGGUAAAAGUGAAGAUUCAAGCUGGUUUUCUGCCCACAGCAGCCGAGCGGGUCGACAGACUCGCUCAAAUCCCUGAAGAGAAAAAUCUUUUCCAGUGUGGUGUUCCAGUUUUCAAGGAUGACAGCACCGAGAUGAGCGUGACUGGAGAUGCCAGUCUCCCCGCACAAAGCUUAUUGUCUCUCACACUCACACACACACACACACACACACACACACACACACACACACACACACACACACACACACACACACACACACACACACACACACACACACACAGUUCUGAAGGCCACGAGCAACAGGACCUUCAGCAGGGUGACGUUUACUCCGUCUGUUCUCACAUCUACAACUUUAGUUGUCUCCUUCUCCACGUCCCCGUCUCCAUUAAACACCAAGCCUUAAAGGAAUAUUCCCAAAACUUUUCCUUUACAUUUUUCCCACAUCACGUCUCCCGCUCCGAUUUAAUCCUCACGUCUCGUCUGUUCCCACAUUCGCUUCACUUCCUUUUUCCAUCCUAAAGGAGAAACAGUCCAGUCUUCCAGGUAAUCCUUUCAUCACAUCUGACACCAGUUCUGUUUUAUAUCCUGGAUCAUGUGACGGUGAGCUGGGGCCACUGGGCGGGGGGGGGGGGGG